GUUGAUGUCUUAACCACCAUUACCUUAGAAUGCAAACUAUAUUUGGACUGGGCUUUCAAGGGUGAAUUAGUUUAAAUGAAGUCAUUAGAGCAGGCCCUAAUCCAUUAUGGCUGGUGUCCUUAUACGAGGAGAUUGGCUCAAGCCUGCAGUUUCUGAAAUAUUUGGGAGGCUGAGGAGGGUGGAUCACGAGGUCAAGAGAUCUAGACCAUCCUGGUCAAAAUGGUGAAACCUUAUCUCUACUAAAGAUACAAAAAAUUAGCUGGGCAUGGUGGCGUGUGCCUGUGAUCCCAGCUACUCAGGAGGCUGAGGCAGGAGAAUUGCCUGAACCCAGGAGGCGGAGGUUGCAGUGAGCCGAGAUCGCACCAUUGCACUCCAGCCUGGGUAACAAGAGCGAAACUCCAUCUCAAAAAAAAAAAAAAGAAGAGGAGUUUGGGACACACAGAGACCAUGUGAAGAUAAAGGGAGAAGAUGACCAUCUAUAAGUCAAAGGAAGAAGCCUCAGAAUGAAACCUGCCAACACUUUGAUCUUGGAAUUCUAGUGUCCAGACUUUAAGAAAAUUACUUUCUAUUUUUUGAGCCCCAUAGUGUAUGCCAUACUUUGUUAUGGCAGCCCUAGCCCUGAUGGACCAUUCUAACACUAGUCAGAAGAAUGUUGAGGUAGCUGUAUUAAUUUCAGAGAGAGCAAACCUCAGAGCAAGGACUAUUAUCAGGGAUAAAGAGAAGUGUUGUGUAAUGAUAAAGGGGCCAAUUCUCUAAGAAGACUGAAUAAUUGUUAAUGUGUACACAUCUAACAACAGAGCAUCAAAACAUAUGAGGCAAAACACAGAAACAAGGAAAAUAGAUGCAUCCACCAUUAUAGUUGGAGACUUCAGCAGCCCCUAUCAGUAAUGGACAGAUCUGCCAGGCAACCGAUUCAGUAACAACAUAGUUGAACUCAGGAGUACCAUCAGUCAAAUGGAUAUAAUUGAUGUCUAUAGAAUGCUUCGUCCAGCAACAGCAGAAUACACAUUCUUCUCAAGCUCCCAAGGAAAUUACACCAAGGCAGACCACAGUCAGGGCCAUAAAAUGCACUUUAAAAAAUUUAUAAGAAUAGAAAUGAUAUGGAAUAUGCUCUCAGAUUACACUAGUAUUCAGUAAUGGAAAGAAAGCUGGAAAAUCCCAAAAUAUGUGGAGAUUAAACAACACACUUCUAAAUAACACAUAGGUCAAGAAAGAAAUCUCAAGAGAAAUUGAAAUGUAUUUUUUUAAUUUUUACUUCUCAUUUUUGUGGGUACAUAGUAGGUUUAUGUAUUUAUGGUGUACAUGUGAUGUUUUGAAAAGUAUUUUGAAGUGAAUAAAAAUGAAAAUACAACUAUCAAAAUUUGUGGGAUGCAGUGAAAGCAGCUCUUAGAGGGAAAUUUAUAGCACUGAAUUCACAGCUUAGAAAAGAAGAUCUAAAAUCAAUAGUGUAAGCUUUCACUAGAGCCAACUAAGAGAAGGGCAAAUUAAAUUCAAAGUAAGUAGAAGAAUAGAAUAAAAACUAGACCAGAAAUCGAUGAAAUUGAAAACAGGGGGAGGGAACUUGCACUGAAGAAGCAUCACUCGAGACCCCAAACCUCCAGGUGUGAGACCCAGAUGGCACCCAAUGGAUGACGAGAAGAAGAAACGGAGUCCCAAGCCCUGCCUGGCCCAGCCAGCCCAGGCCCCAGGCACACUACGCAGGGUCCCUGUGCCUACCAGCCACAGCGGCUCCUUGGCCCUAGGACUUCCUCAUCUGCCAUCCCCCAAGCAGCGGGCCAAGUUCAAGAGAGUAGGCAAGGAGAAGUACCGCCCAGUGCUGGCCCGAGGUGGAGGCGGCUCUGCAGGCACGCCCCUGCAGCACUCCUUCCUGACCGAGGUGACUGAUGUCUGUGAGAUGGAGGGGGGACUCCUGAACCUGCUCAAUGAUUUUCAGUCCAGCGGGCUGAAGGCCUUCGGGAAGGAAUGCUCCUUUGAGCAGCUGGAGCACGUUCGGGAGAUGCAGGAGAAGCUGGCUCGGCUGCACUUCAGCCUAGACGUGUGUGGGGAGGAAGAGGAUGAUGAAGAGGAAGAGGAUGGGGUCACUGAGGGGCUGCCGGAGGAGCAGAAGAAGACGAUGGCUGACCGUAACUUGGACCAACUGCUUAGCAAUCUGGAAGACCUGAGUAAUUCGAUCCAGAAGCGGCACCUGGCCGAGAACGCCGAGCCUGAGGAGCAGUCUGCUGCGUAGGUGUCUCACGCAGACCCACACUGGUCCUCGCAUUCUCUUCAAAUUGUGACUUUUUACGGACUCGGGCUGGUGUUCCACGGCCCUCCAGGUGCUAUGCGGGAGGGGGGCAAUGGAUGCAAUUAAACCAGAGAGAGAGAAAGAAAAAGAAAAAAAAAAAGAAAACAGGAAAUCAAUGGAGUACAUCAAGACUAAAAGCUGGCUCAAAUAAAUAAACUCUGUCUCAAAAUACACAAAUAAAUAUUUGAUUCAGGCAUAUGUAUGGGCUUCUCCCUCCCCACCUCGCCCAGACAAGAGUUGCCCAGGCUGGAGUGCGGUGGCACUCAAUUCACUGCAACCUCCGCCUCCCGGGUUCAGUCAGUUCUCCUGCCUCAACCUUCCAAGUAGCUGGGAUUACAGGUGCUUGCCACCACAGUCAGCUAAUUUUUGUGUUAUUAGUAGAGACUAGGUUUCGCCAUGUUGGCCAGGCUGGUCUCGAACUUCUGACCUCAGGUGAUCUGCCUGCCUCUGCCUCCCAAAUCUGGGAUUACAGGUGUGAGCCACCAUGCCCAGCCAUGUAUGGUCUUUUUUUUUGCCCUUAUGUUUAGUAAUUUCAGUUUCUGAAGUAUUUGAAAAUGUGCCAAUAAAAUGUAGUAACUCUUAAUUAAAAAAAAAAAAAAAAAACCUAAAAAAAAUGUUAACAAAUCUAACAAUGUAUGAAAAGAAUUGUACACUGUGACCAAGUGAGAUUUAUGCCAGAUAUGCAAGGCUGGUUCAGCAUUCAGAAAUCGAUUAAUGUAAUCCAUCACAUCAGGGGGCUACAGAAGACAAAUCACAUGCUUAUAUCAACAGAUGCAAUAAAAGCAUUUGACAGAACUCAACACCCAUUCAUAAUAAAAACUUUAAGCAAAUAAGGGAUAGAGAGGCUUUUCCUCAACUUCAUAAAGAAAAAUGCAAAUUAAAAUUAUAAAAUACUACUACAAACCUACCAAAAUAACUGAAAUGUAAAAGAUUGGCAAUAUCAAUUAUUGGUGAAGAUGUGGAGUAACUGGAACUCUGAUAAAUUGUUGAUGUGAUUAUCACAACUUUAAAAAAAUGGUUUCAGAGUAUCUUCUUUUCUUUUUUUUUUUUUUUAAUGCUGUUCUCAUGAGAGUUUCAUAGUAUUUUCUAAAGCCAAACAUUCACCUACCCCAUGGCCCAGCAAGUCUACUUCUAGUUGAAAAGAGUGCAUAUGUUCAGUAAAAGACACGUACAUAAAUGUUCAUAGCAGCUUUGUUUUAUAAUAGCCAUCAACUGUAAUUAGCCCAUAUGUCCACCAACAAGAGAAUAGAUGGAUUAUAGCAUUUCAUACAGUGGAAUAUCAACCAGUAAUAAAAAAGAAUGAACUACUGUUUUACAUGCAGUAACACAGAAGAAUCUUAUAAUGUUGACUAAAAGAAGCCAGGCAUGGGCCAGAUGUGGUGGCUUACACCUGUAAUCCCAGCACCUUGGGAGGCCGAAGCACACAGAUCACGAGGUCAGGAUGUUGAGACUAUCCUGGCCAACAUGGUAAAACCCUGUCUCUACUACAAAUACAAAAAUUAGGUGGGCAUGGUGGCGCGUGCCUGUAAUCCCAGCUACUCAGGAAGCUGAGGUGCGAGAAUUGCUUGAACUCAGGAAGCAGAGGUUGCGGUGAGCCAAGAUCGCUCCACUGCACCCCAGCCUGGGCGACAGAGGGAGACUCCAUCAAAAAAAAAAAAAAAAAAAGCCAGGCACAAAAGAAUACAUACCCUGUGGUUAUAUUUAUUGGAAAUUCAAUAAAAGAUGAAACAAAUUAAUAACAACAUUGGGCCAGGCACAGUGGCCCACACUAUAAUCUCAGAGCUUUGGGAGGCCAAGGCAGAAAGACUACUUGAGUCCACGAGUUCAAGACCAGCCUGGGCAACAUAGCAAGACCUGAUCUCUACAAAAAAACAAACCAGACAUGGUGGCAUGCAUCUGUAGUCCUCACUACUUGGGAGGCUGAAGCAUGAAGAUCACUUGAGCCCAGUAGUUUGAGGUUACAGUGAGCUAUGAUCACACCACUGCACACUAGCCUGAGCAACAAAGCAAGAUGAUGAUGAUGAUAAAAUUGGAGUGGAGUAAAGGUAACAUUGUUUAGUAAGGGGUGUGAAGAUUGUUUUCCAGCAUGCUGGAAACAUUCUACAUCUUCAUCAGGGUGGUGGUAACUGCCAGUGGUAUGCUAGAACAGACUCAUACUCACUUAUUAGAGCCAGCUAUUAGAUAUUCAUGAAUUUUGCAAGCUGGUUGACUAUGACUAGCUUAUCACUGGCCAUGGUAAGAGUUUUUAAUGCCAUGGAAAUCUACCAGUGGUUUUACCAAGUAGUCAAGUUCGGUUGAUAAACAUUUAGCAGUAUACUACUACUUAUUGCUCACCAACUCACCAACUCUGACUAUAGAAGGCCCUUAGAGAAGAUAAAAACCAGUGAGGUACUAAGGAAUGCUGUUAUCCAGCCUAAGCCAAAAAGGGUUGGCAAUAAGAAACAUUAAUAGCUGCUAUUGAGCAUGUCUUGGUCAAAGAAUAUUACUUUGUGUACAGCUGCCUAGUGUUUGACUUUUCCAUUCUGCCUUUAGCCACAGUAAAUUUUCUCUAUUUUUGAAAACAACUUAAUGGUAGAAAAUUAACAGCAAAUCAUAGCCUUUCUGUAGACUCCUUUUGACAUCUUGCUGAAUUGGUGUCCUUUUGAUUUUGAGUAA